CAGAGUGGGCGGGGCCACACGCCGGGCCGAGCUGACGAGUCUGGGUCGGUUUGAACGGUCGGUUGUCGGCUGCAGCGGGGCCAGCGGUCAACAGGCGCCUCUCGCACUGUCAGAGCUGGGAAUACAGUGCACACGUGCUGUAUACCGUGAGCACAGAGACGGGUUCCGUCAUGGGCAGCGGUAACCUCCACUGGCCGGUGGUGCUGCUCGGUGUGGCUGUGGGUUUUCUGGCGGCACCGCGGGCACUAUCUGCUGCCGGACUCGAUCGUUUUGUCCAAGGUACAUCGGUCAAAGCUUCUGACUUUUCCAAUGACGACGACCCGGCCCCGUCUCGAGGGGGACGGCUGACGCCAGCCGGGGACCAUCCGUUCGGCGGCCGGCAGACGCAGGCCAUUUACGAAGGUCAACCGGCCACCCACGACCCCGACGUGCCCUACGGCCAACGCCAGCGCUCCAAGUGGCCCUGGAUGGCUUUGCUGCGAGCCCAGAGGAAAAUGGUCUUCAUGGAGAACAUAUGCGGGGGUUCGGUGAUCGACUCCCGACACAUUCUGACGGCCGCCCACUGCAUGGAUGAACACGCCAUGAAACGGGACUCCCUUCUGGUCCGACUGGGGGAGUAUGAUACAUCCACCUUCAUGGAAGGAAACCACACAGAAUAUGACGUCGAGCGCAUUAUAUUGCACCCAAACUAUAAACCCCAUGUGGUGAACUACGACAUCGCGCUGCUGCGUCUCAGCCGGGAGAUCGCCUUCUCUUCGUCGGUGUGCACCAUUCCGCUGCCGGACGGUCCCACUGGAGACCUGGCUGGAAAGACGGUCACCGUCGCCGGCUGGGGCAUCACCGAACGAAGCCGCAACUCAGUAGACACGAGCAACGUACUGAGGGUACUCAACAUGACGGCAGUCAGUGUCGAUGACUGCCACGAUAGGAUCCAGCGGUAUCUGACUGGUGGAGCAGUACCCAAGCCGCCGCUGGAUACAUUCACCAACUUCGACGGCGGCUUCAGGAGAGGCGAAAAACUCUGCGUCGAUUACAAGUCAAAUGGCCAGGGCGUUUGCGAUGGCGACUCCGGGAGCCCGCUGCUGGAGUUUGGCCAGUUCCGGGUGGUCGGCAUCGUCUCCACCACCAUCGGUCCCUGUGCCCUCUCCAUUAUGCCGGAGCUGUACACCAGAGUCAGCACCUACCUGGACUGGAUCAAAAACGCCACCACCAUACCGGGCCAGGAGACAAAGACGCACCACUGCCAGAACCCCUUCGUCGCGGCCGACUAAUGCAGACACACCGGCAAACCGGAAACUGACAUGGGUACCAGCGAUGGCCGAUCUGGCGUCAAAGCUCUCAACGCCAAUUCCAAGAGCACCAUGCUUAUUCUGAAAUGUACGCUCAGUUUAUGCACUGGGUUAUGGACGAAAAUAAAGAGCAACUGCGUAUAUCCACG